AUGUUUGUGACAAGAAAAGAACUUGUUAGCAUCAUGAGAAGAUGUAGCAGCAAAAGAAUAGAAAAACAGUUUGAAUUUUUAGAAGCCGAGAUCGCACAGCUAACGAAAUGUCAUGAGGUAAAAAAAUCACUAUCGCAUUUUAAGACACAAUAUAAGUCGCGUUGGUUAAAAGCGUGCAGAAUGGAUGACAGAUUUCAAAGAAAUAAUAAAGAGUGGCUGAAUAAACCUCUUUCAUUUUCCCAAAAGAACGAAAACAGACGUGGUCGCCCAGAAGUGAGUUUUGAGUGUAGUUCUGAACGUACAAAACGACUAAAAACCAAAGAACUACGCGAUUCUACAUCAGCUUCGGUUUUAAGCUAUGCUACACAGAUGAGUUUCAGAGCAGAAGGCCAUAUAGAUGCUUCUAGAAUACUUAAAGAUAUUACGUCAACUACUCCAACCCGAACCGCUAGAUACAAAAAAGCAUACAAAAUUUCAUUAGACUCCAAGCCAAAUAUCAUGUCAGGAGAAGACGCUCUUACUGUUUUAAUUAGCGGAAAAUUGUCUCGACACCAAUAUGGCGUGGUUAGAGCUAGUGCCCCGGAUAGAUUUCCUUCUUACAAGGUCGUUCAGUCUGCCAAAAGAAUGUGCUAUCCUGAUAAUAUCACAUCUACAGAAACAUCAGUAGUGGAGAUACACGUUAAAGACUCUGAAUUAGAUAAAUUAUGUCUUUACUUAAAAUGGGGGUUCGAUGGUUCCUCUGGGCACAGUUCCUACAAACAAGCCUUUCAUGGACCAGAAGCUAGUGACUCCGCUGUGUUCAUCACAUGCAUAGUUCCUGUGCGACUUAUGUGUAACGCAAAGGUGAUUUGGCAAAACCCUAGCCCAGCCUCAACUGUUUACUGUAGACCAUUAAAAACUGAAUUCGUUAAAGAGUCUGCGCAAGUUUCCAUUGCAGAAAAAAAAAGAGUCGAUGCUGAAAUAGAUGAAUUGCAAAACUCUACUACUACAGUUAACAACAGGAAUGUCCAUAUACGUCACAAACUUAUUUUCGCUAUGGUAGACGGAAAAGUCUGCAAUGCACUCACGGAGACAACUUCAACUCAGAAUUGCUUUUUAUGUGGUGCAACAUCGAAGAAGUUUAACAACGUUGAAGAAAUGAUCGGCAGAAUGGCUGAAAAUAAGGCAAGAAUUCAAAAAGAAUUUAGAGAAAAAUGUGGCCUAGUUGUUGAUACACCUAAACCGGGAUUCGGCAGCACCAACGACGGAAACACCGCCAGAAGAUUUUUUAGAAAUGCAAAGUUGUCCGGAGAAAUAACAAAUGUUGACUUAGAACUUAUUAAAAAAAUCCAUAUUGUCAUGGUAGUUGUUGCUAGUGGACAUGAAAUCGAUGUCAACAAAUUUCGACUCUAUCUUCAUGACACUGCCAGAUACUUUGUAUCAUUGUAUCCAUGGUAUAACAUGCCACCAACCAUGCACAAGUAUCUCAUACACGGCCCUGAGUUGAUAGCCUCUGCAUUGCUACCUAUAGGGCAACUAAGCGAGGAGGCACAAGAGGCACGGAAUAAAGAUUUCAAAAAAUACAGAGAAAACAAUUCAAGGAAGUGUAGCAGAUCAAAAACAAAUGAAGAUACAAUAUCAGAAAUGAAAACCAAAGCUAAGAGACGUGCUAGAGAGGUAAGGUAUGGAUGCCAGGGAACUGGAGGAGGAGGUGCUACCAAACCAUUAACUCCUUUCGAAGAAAGGAUAUUGGGUCUACUCGUUUCGGAACUGUCAGUAGAAGGAGCCCAAUUAUCAGAAGCUGGCGUGGAAAUGAUUGUUACCGAAGAAGAAUUAUUUGAACUGCCAGUGGAAAUUGCCUCCACUUUAAAGUCAAAAUACUCAAAAUAUAGAUAG